GUCAUCAGAGAGGUACCAAUGGAGACGCAUAUCUGAGUAACUACUCAACUACUAGUCAUCAUACAGUAGAUAUUACCAUUAGGAGUCAGUUAGAAAGGUAAUCACACAGUAGAUAUUACCAUUAGGAGUCAGUUAGAAAGGUAACUAUACAGGAAGUUAAUAGUAUAAGUAAAUGCUAAAAUAAUUGAUACUACAAGAAGAGGUCAAAUAGACUGAAUUAGUUGAUUCAUUGAUUGAUUGGUGUAAUCAUUGAUAUUCGCUACAUUUAGUUAAGAUGGCCAACUACGUCAACAAACAGGUGAUUGAAUUAAAUGAAGUUAUUGAAGAAAACCGGAACAGAGCAAUGAGUAGCGUGAAGAGUGAGACCCAACUCUCAGAUGGAAGACUAAGACUCUACAGGCUGGCUGCUGUGUGUUUAGGAGUGCUGUGUGUUCUACAAGUCAUUCUCAACAUCUCCCUGAGACUGGCUUUCUCCAGUUCUAACGAAGAGAGAAACCAGUUAGAGACCUGUUAUAACACCACCGGCCUUCCGCAAGACAGAGACCAGCCAGACACCAGUAGUCGUAUCAUUGACCUGUGUACAGACAGAGACCAGCUGCAGAGGGAGAGAGACCAGCUGCAGAGGGAGAGAGACCAGUUACUGAGGGACAGAGACCAGCCAGAUACCAGUAGUCGUAUUAUUGACCUGUUUACAGACAGAGACCAGCUGCAGAAGGAGAGAGACCAGUGUCGGAAUGACAUGAACCAGCUAGAGAGGGAGAGAAACCAGUUACUGAGGGGCAGAGACCAGUCAGUUACCAGUAAUGGUAUCAUUGACCUGUGUACAGACAGAGACCAGUUGCAGGAGGAGAUAGACCAGUGUAGAAAUAACAUGAACCAGCUAGAGAGGGAGAGAAGCCAGUUACUGAGGGACAGAGACCAGUCAGAGAAUACAGAUAACAAAAACCAGUUACAGGAGCGUUACAAUGCCCUGACUAAAGACAGGGACAUGUUGAGAAACAGGGUCAGUGUUCUGACCAAUGUGAAGGUGGCGCUGGAGAAGAGGCUGUCUGAGCAUGGUAUUAACAUUUGUAGGAAAAUCAGGAGAACUUGUCCAGACGGUUGGAGGCUGUGGGGAUCCAGCUGUUACUUCCUGUCUACUGAGAUGAAAACCUGGGAGGAGAGCAGACUGGACUGUCUGAACAGAGGAGCAUACCUGGUGAUCAUAAACAGUGAUAUGGAACAGGAGUUUCUCUUUCGCCUCAAUAAGAGAGCCUGGAUUGGUCUGACUGACUCUGUUACUGAGGGGACCUGGAAAUGGGUGGACGGCACCCCACUAACCACCUCAAGUUACUGGCACACACAGCAGCCUGAUAAUGGUGGUGACAACCCAGCAAAUGGGGAGGAGGACUGUGUUGAGCUGAACACAGAAACAUGGCGUCCUGUAAAGGCAUGGAAUGACCAGUCAUGUGAAGACAAUCGUUACUGGAUUUGUGAGAAAAGGGUUUAACAUCACCAUGACAACAGAGGAGGCUGGUGGGAGGGCAUGCUGGCUCAUUGUAAUUGCUGGAAUGCAAUUUAUGGACCGGUAUCAAACGCAUUAAGCAUAUAUAAAACACAUGUUUGACUCCGUUCCAUGAAUUCCAUUCCAGCCAUUACAAUGAGCCUGUCCUCCUAUAGCUCCUCCCACCAGCCUCUUCUACACGACACCAUACUGUAACACAGAUACAGAUACCUGCGUGGCCGAAAUGAAGCGGCUUGCACUCUGGGCCUCGCACGCUAGCAGUGAAAAUUUUGCAGAAACAUAACACUGUUUCAUAUCUUACUGCUUUCUUCAGUGCGCUGUGCUCUCCUGACACCAAAUAAUCAACACUUUUUAAUAUGAAUUCAAUGAAUUGGUGAUUGCAUUGUCUGUGUAUCUAUUAGUGCAGAAAGCAAAUUGAAGUGGGUCUAGGGUGUCAGGUAAGGUAGAGGUGAUAUGAUCCUUGACUAGUCUCUCAAAGCACUUCAUGAUGACAGAAGUGAGUGCUACGGGGCGAUAGUCAUUUAGUUCAGCUACCUUUGUUUUCUUGGGUACAGGAACAAUGGUGGCCAUCUUGAAGCAUGUAGGGACAGCAGGCUGGGAUAGGGAGAGAUUGAAUAUGUCCGUAAACACACCAGCCAGCUGGUCUGAACCAGUACCGUAGCAAUAUGGAUUGUUGUGAACACACAGAGAGAGAGCGAGAGAGAGAGAGAGCGAGAGAGAGAGAAGCAAUAUGAAGUAUUCUGAACACACGAUAUGAGGAACAAGAGAACUGGCAAAUAAUGUUUAAGGUAAAAUUUGAUAACUUCUGUUCCUUAAUGAUAAUAGCAGUUCACUCAAUCUUAAGCCCGAUGAACAUUCAACUGUCAACUGUGACUUAAAUGAAGAUCAGGUCAAAUUUCAUGACGAAUUUAUGCAGAAGUCCAGGUAAUUCCAAAGGGUUCACAUACUUUUUCUUGCCACUGUAUCACGAACCACAAUAUCUUUGCUGUCUCUCUGUUCUCCUGAACUCUCCUCUGUCUGUCUUGUGGACCUCUGUCUCUCUGUUCUCCUGUACUCUCCUCUGUCUGUCUUGUGGACCUCUGUCUCUCUGUUCUCCUGUACUCUCCUCUGUCUGUCUUGUGGACCUCUGUCUCUCUGUUCUCCUGUACUCUCCUCUGUCUGUCUUGUGGACCUCUGUCUCUCUGUUCUCCUGUACUCUCCUCUGUCUGUCUUGUGGACCUCUGUCUCUCUGUUCUCCUGAACUCUCCUCUGUCUGUCUUGUGGACCUCUGUCUCUCUGUUCUCCUGAACUCUCCUCUGUCUGUCUUGUGGACCUCUGUCUCUCUAUGUAGAUGCAGAAUAGUAUCAGUUCAUUUGCCAUUGUAUUUUAAACACACAUACAUACAAAAUCCAUGCACUUAGUCCUGCAAUUAGAACCCCUGUCUCUGUGUUUGCUGAGCAGCAUCUCUCACCCUCUUUCUCAAGAAGACAUUCUGUAUGUCCAUCUUCUAUAAAUUGGAAAAACAAUGUUACCGCAGCUUUCCAGCUUUGUUUUUUCAACAUAUAAUUGAGCUGACGUUACCAAAAGUAGCUAGCGUCAUGUUGGUCAUCGAUGACCCUCAGGUUAGCUAGCUAGCUUUAAUAGCAAUGUUUUGUGUAUUUGGACAGUAAUUGACUAGACAGUAAUUGGUUAGUUAGUGAUAAUAUUCGGGUGGUAAACAGAGCUCCAGGAGUUGGAUUUAUUGUCCAGUGUCCAAAAAGCUAAUCCGGGUUGUCCCUAACAUUAGUUAGCUAGCUUAACGUAAUCUGUCAGUGCAGCUUUUGAGUCAACAUGUUGAAUUGUAGCUAAAUUACUUGUAACUGGCUUAUUGUGAGGUCAAUAACUCUGAAUAGCCUCAUCACGGGCUAACAAAAGUAGCUAGCUAUAGUAGUAGCAAGCUAAGAAAGUUUACCUCUGGUUCUCUUUCUCAUCUUUGUACACUCUCCCUCAGAAUGAACAGAUGCCCGACAAAAUAUGAAUUAUUUGGACGAAUCAAAAAUGACUUUGAAAACAACUUUGACUCCAUGGUACACAGAAAUGCUGGUUUUAGGCAGCACUAAAAAAGGCAGGCCAGGGCUCAUGAUUGGAGUAUUUAUUGCAGUGUGUAAUGCAGUGUAACCUAGUUUGCUGUACAGCCUCCCAGCAGGGCGAAAGACUCGGGGCUGAGCCAAAAUCCUUCAGGGCAAUGCCCACAAAAGCCCAGUUCUAGUUGCGUCAAUUUUCUCUCUAGUUUAAGAGUGUGUAGACAUACUGUAAUCUGUAAACUGCUUACAUUCAAUGUUUUUAAUAUAAACAUGUUAUGUGAUUUGCCAUAAGCUAGUGAUUCUUCCAUGAUCAAUUAUUGCAUAAAUUGCUUUAAUAAGAACUAAGGCACAGAUUAAUAAAUAAAGGAAAAAUGUCCUUUAACAAGGUCUACCAG